AUGGCAGUGGUGGUCAAAUACUCACAGUGGCAUAAAGUGAUGGCUGGUCGGAGUCUUCACAGUGUCCUUGGUGGUGGUGACAGAGCUGUAGAGAUCAGGGAUGGCAGCAACAGGCAGGUGGGCGUCAGGAGGUGGCUUAGGAAGUCCAUUAAGAGACUUCAACGUCUCUAUUCUCGUCUCCAGCAACAAGCCCUAACGAUCACUCCAUCUGUGAUUCCAUCUUCUCCAUUGACAAUGGUGAUGUGCUUCUGCAUAAAGUGGGCGAUAGUUCGGACAUCGUGGAUAGAUAACAACCCAGGGCGCCAAUUUUGGGGAUCUCCUGACCCAAAUUCGUCAUGUGGGUUUAUUGGGUGGUAUGAUGAACCCAUGUGUGCUCGUUCCAAAGUUAUAAUAGCAUGACUGCUUAGGACAAUCAAUAAGCUACGAAAAACAGUGGAUGAUAUAAAAGAUCAAGCAAGUAAGCAUGAAAAAGAAGUGGUGAAGAUCAAAGAACAAGCAACUAUGUUGAAGUAUUACCGAGUCUAUACCUGGAUUUUUUGUUGUUGUGUUGGUGUUGUUGUAAGUGCUCAAAUGUUAUGGAUAUCUUUUGUAAUAGGUUAGGG